UUUACCCAGCAGGCAGUUCAGUUUUAAGACGAUGAGGCAAGAUGGCGACUAAAAUAAGCAAAGAGGGUCCUCCGCCUUUUGAUUGUCCGUCAUGGGCAGGCAAACCACCUCAGGGGCUCCAUCUUGACGUGAUGAAGGGAGACAAACUGAUAGAGAAGCUGAUCAUAGAUGAAAAGAGGUUCUACCUGUUUGGGAGGAACCCAGACUGGUGUGACUUUACCAUUGACCAUCAGUCGUGUUCACGGGUCCACGCUGCCCUUGUCUACCACAAACACCUGAAAAGGCUGUUCCUCAUAGAUCUUAACAGCACACAUGGUACUUUCCUUGGACGGAUCCGUCUGGAGCCACACAAGCCACAGCAAGUUCCCAUAGAUUCUACUUUAUCUUUCGGAGCUUCAACACGGACCUACACCAUCAGAGAGAAACCACAAACACAAAGCACCACUGGCACAGGAGAAAGUAAAACGGGAGACGAUGAAGAGCUGAAAGGACUGCUUGGGCUUCCAGAAGAGGACACUGAGUUAGAGAACUUGACAGAAUUCAACACAGCUCACAACAAGCGCAUCUCCAUGCUGACCAUUGAGGAGGGCAACCUGGAAAUCCAGAGGCCAAAAAGGAAACGACGCAACUCCAGAGUUUCCUUCAGUGAAGAAGAUGUCAUCAUCAACCCAGAGGAUAUUGAUCCCUCAGUGGGGCGCUUCAGAAACAUGGUGCAGACUGCUGUCAUCCCCAUCAAGAAACGGCGAGCAGAGGGCCAAAACACUCUGGGGUUUGAUGACGCAACUUCAAAACGCUUCCAUGGUAACACCUUGAGUGGCGGUCUCUACGGGGACCUCCCUCCCACGAGUCAUGAGAAUCAGCCGACAGGAGCCCCAGGAGGUGCUGCCAUGCAGGGGGGGCUUCCUCUUCCCUUUCCCAACCCAGCACCAGAGGUGGACCUGGCCCCAGAGGCUCCCCAGCCUCCUGUCACCUUCAACCCCACCCCCGUCACAGCCCCCUACCUCCCAGAGACCUACAACGAGCCACGCAAAAAGAAGUAUGCCAAAGAAGCUUGGCCGGGCAAGAAGCCCACCCCUUCCCUCCUUAUCUAACCAGUUUGUUAAGGCUGCUAAUGCUCAGGUUACCCACCAUUACACCAGGGGCGCUAACCCGGCAGAGAUGGAAUCAUUCACUUCUGAGACUUUUUUUGUCUCUUUUGUCAUGUAGUAGUUGUUACACCAUAAUCAUCCCACAGUAGCACAGUGUUUAUUCCCUGUGGGCCGCCGCACGAUAUCUGCUCUGUAGGAAUGCAGUCUGAAAAACAGCUGAUUGCUGUUUCCACUGAAACUCACAGAACUUUGCAGUGAGAAUUAUAGAGUGGCGGUUUGAUGAGCUUGUUUGUGUGACAGACUGCAGUUCUGUUUUUGAUGUUUUGGGUAUUUUUGUUUUUAUUAUUAUUGUAAUGUUUCACUAUUUUCACCCCUUAUCCAUUUUGAUAAUCUAUUCAGCAGAUGGCAAAAUAGUACUUUUAUAUAAACUCUUAUUGUGGGGGAGUUAGACUUUUUUUAAACUAUAAAACCUGUCUCUUAUAAUGUGAUCAAAUUAACAUUCACACGUUUAAAUUGGACACGCUGGUUGGAUAUAGCACCAUCUGUAAUGUGGCUUAAUCAUAAUGAUGAUCACAAGCUACAAGAUGAAGACUGCGACAGUGACGACACAUGCUAGUAUGAUGGAUUUUUCUUUGGAUUUGAAGCAGUUCCCUCUUUACCAUGUGACUAUUUACAGCUUUUGAGCUCUGAAUGGUUUGUUUCCCAAUUUACGUAUUUCUACAUUUGGCAGUUGGACUGAAACUAAAUUAUAAAGCAGACUUUAGUGGCUCAUAAUAAAUAAAUACCAACUUUCCUCA